CAGGAAGCUCUCCGCAGCUCGAAGACAAGCUCCGACAACGCAACGGGCCGCCAAAUAUGUCGAAUCGCGGUUACGAUGUUGUGGUGGAUGUCGACCAGGAGGGCGACCUAGGCCAUACCGACCUCCAAGAAGACCUCGAAUUCCACAGCUCCAACUUCGACGACCCCUCCUCGACCUCCUCGACCAAGAUCCCGCCCGACUCGUCGACCUCCUUCCUCCCCGGCCCCGCAACCUCGUCCUCCUCCAACAGCAACACCAAGCACUACCUCUGGACCCUCUCCUUCUACGCGCAAGCCUUCGACGUCGACACGGCCGAAGUCCUGCGCCGCUGCCUCGCGGCCCUGUACCCGCGCGCAAACUUCCUCGACGUGCUCGAGGGCAACCCGGACCUGUACGGCCCCAUCUGGAUCGCCACGACCGUCGUCGUCAUCCUCUUCCUCACGGGCACCAUCAGCCAGUACCUGGCGCACAGCGGCAAGGAGCACUUUGCGUACGACUUUAGGUUGCUGAGCGGGGGCGCGGGGCUGAUUUAUGGGUAUACGGCGUUUGUGCCCGUGGGGCUUUGGGCGGUGCUGAGGUGGUGGUUUCGGGUUGAGGGGGCGAAUUUGUUGGAGUUUGUUUGUUUGUAUGGGUAUGCGGAUUUGGUGUGGGUUCCUGUGGCGUUGGUGAGUUGGAGCCCGUUGUCUAUCUUCAACCUCAUCUUCGUAGCCCUCGGCUUCGCCGCCUCGGCCUUCUUCCUCCUGCGCAACUUGUACCCCGUGCUCUCGGCCACGGACGUCAAGACGUCCAAGAUCCUGCUCGUCGUCGUGCUCGCGCUGCAUGCGGGUCUCGCCAUCGCCAUCAAGAUUCUGUUCUUUGCGGCGGGGAGCCCCGUCGGGGGACCCAAGGACACGCCGCAGGAAGGGGUGGGCGGUGGGGAUAAGGGGGAGAGGGUGGUGAGGAUGAUGAUGAGGUUUUAG